GCGAAGCGAAAAAAAAAAAUAAGGGCCGGAAAAAAAAAAGAAGAAGCGUAAGGCCAAGGAGCGAGGGAGCCUGAGGCCGGAGCAGCAGCAGCAGCGCCGGAGAAUGGCAGGGAAGGCCGGCGGCCUCAAGGGCGUCGCCCUCAUCAGCGGCGGCGGGGGCAACAGCACGGUCGCCGGCGCCCUGAACUUCUUCCAGGAUCCCUCCACCGGGUAUACUGAGGUGAAGGGGAGGGUCGCCGGUCUCGCCCCGGGCCUCCACGGCUUCCACAUCCACUCCUUCGGCGACACCACCAACGGCUGCAACUCCACCGGGCCCCAUUUUAAUCCUCACAAUAAGUCCCAUGGGGCACCAUCUGAUGAUGAAAGACACGUGGGCGACCUGGGAAACAUAAUAGCCAACAAAGAUGGCAUUGCAGAUAUCUUCAUAAAGGACCUAGAGAUUUCACUUAGUGGGCCUCAUUCCAUAUUGGGAAGAGCAGUUGUUGUUCAUGCUGAUCCUGAUGACCUAGGAAGGGGUGGGCAUGAACUCAGUAAAACAACAGGAAAUGCAGGAGCAAGAAUUGGAUGCGGUAUCAUUGGACUUCGAUCUGCAGUUUAACAAUCUAUAGCCAUGAAGCUUGAGAUGGUGGUGAGCUUCUGUUCGGAGAUGAAACCACUGGAGCUCUUCAAUCCAGACUAUUUCAAGGAUGUGUUUUGUUAUCACUGCCUUCAGUUAUGUAUACAGACUUUGUUAUAUUAUAAAUAAAGGAAAAGUUUGCAGAUU